AUGGUAACCCAAUUAUCACCAGAAUUAUUAGGAAAUUUCUUUGAACAAGUCGAUAAUGAUAUUGCGACUUUACGGUCUAUGUCAUUAGUAAAUCGUUUUUGGUGCAGAGUUGGAAUUCCUAUAUUGUGGCGAACACCUUUUAGAAUAAAGGUUCGUUAUUUAUGGCGUCAACCAUAUCAUAACAACUUUGCACCAAAACUUCGUAACAUCAUUCCUGUUCUUAUAUCAUUUCUCGAUUCUGAAUCAAGACAACUUUUAAAAGACAAAGAUGUAUUAUUAAUUAAUUCACUACCAUCAUCUAAUUUUGAUUACAUUUCAUUUUUAAGAGAACUCGACGUUCAUGUCUUACAUGAAAUUGUUGACGAAUGGCUUGAUCAUAUUGGUAUUAAUACAAUUAAUGAAUAUAAUGAUCAAGAAGAUUCAGUUAUCAUAAAUGGACACUACUAUAAAAAAAGCAGAACAAUAUAUUUAGUUAUCGAAUUAUGCAAGCUCAUAUUAAGACAUUCUAACAAAAUCACUAGUCUUUUUAUAAGUAAUGAUAUUGUUAAGGGUGAUAUCAUUGUACCUUAUUGCACUUUCUUAAAGAAUUUGGUGUCAUUUCAUGGAGCCAGUAAAUCUUUAUCAUAUCUAGAAACUUUAAACAUUCGAGGUCCAUAUAUAGAUGAUAACUUAUUAUCCAAUCUCUCAAAAAUUUGUCAUAAUGUUUCAACUCUUGAUCUUAACGUUAUGAAUGGAUAUUUUGGACCAGAUUUUACAACAGCAUGUUUACCAAAUUUCAUCAAAAAUCAACAUAAUUUGCAAAGAAUAUACUUGGGAUGUUUCUAUAAAGAUAUUUCACCAAUCAUUGAAGCUUUGCAAACACAAAUUCAUUCCAUAAUCGAUAUUCAAUUUGCUUCAUGUAAAUUUUCCCAAAGUUCAUUAAUGGAAUCACUUAUGAACAAAUGCACUAAACUAAGGACCAUCACACUUAGAUCUCAUUUGAAUGAUAUUAAAGAUAUGAAAUUAAUGAUACAACCAUUGGUCAACUGUAAUUUGACAAUACUACAACAUCUUUCACUUGAUUUAUGGAUUUACGAGGAUAAUCGGUUUGAAACAAUUGUUAGAUAUUUACAGAAAAUACUCGAACGUUAUGGCAAAUCCUUAAAUCAAUUGAGACUUCGAUUCGAUUAUAACAAAAAUCCUAAUAUUUUGCAUGAAAUAGGACAACAUUGUAUAAAUUUGAAUACUCUUAUUUUUCCUUAUCAUAGACGUGAUGACCUUGAUCACUUGCUUUCUCUUUUACCAAAAUUGAAAAAUUUAAAAAAAUUGAUUAUUGAAGCGUGGAAUAGAGUAUAUUAUGCUGAUGAAUUCUUUCCACAUGUUGGAGAUCUCAUUAUUCAAACAACAUCUCGUAAUUUUGAAAUGUAUUGGAUCAUAAAUAAUGAGACUAUUGAUACCUUUUUAAAAAAAUGUAACAAUCUAACAGAUCAUAUAAAAUCAUUUACAUAUUACUGUAAAGACGAUCCAGUGCUUCAUUGCGGUGUUUGGCGCGCGUAUGGAGAUAUGCUUGAAAAAAGAGGACUUAUCCGAGAUUGGUCAAUUCAAAUUUUAACUCAAUAUUUCUCUUCAAAUGUGCAACGAGAAUUAAGUUAUCAUAUUAUUAUAUUUAAAGUUGUUUAA